AUGCCAGAUCCAUAUGGGCACAUUAAAAUCUUCGCCGACCUGUCCGCAGAAACCCUACAAUACAGGAAAAGCUUGGUGCAGAUCACCACCACCCUGAGAGAGAAGAACAUAGCCUACAGAUGGGGAUACCCCGCCAAGCUGCUGAUCCACCGGGAAGGGAAGAUGCACGUGAUAACUAAUGCAGAAAAGGGUCUCAACCAACUUAAGGACUGGGGCAUCCAAAUCUCGG